AUGGCUAGUCCCAAUAGGUUUACAGCCAUUAUCGGGCCUAACGGCUCCGGGAAGUCGAAUCUUACGGACGCUAUCAGUUUCGUGCUGGGAGAAAAGACCAGCAAUUUGCGUGUAAAGACUUUGCGGGAUCUGAUCCACGGGGCUCCUGUGGGCAAACCAGCUGCCAACCGUGCAGCGGUCAGCAUGGUGUAUUCUGAGAACAAUGGUGAGGAACGCAUCUUUGCCCGGAUAAUUGUGGGGGGUUCCUCUGAGUACAAAAUCAACAACAAGGCUGUCCGCUCCUUGGGGUUCUUCAUAGCAAUAGACUCCACAGCACCCUGGAACACUAGGAAUUCUUGGCGCUGGAGUCCCAUCAGGAACAGGCGGGCUGUGGCCCACGGAGGCAGCAGCAACCGACCCGCGCCCUACAGACGACCAAAACAACUUCCAGACAAGAGGCAGCCCGACGUGUUCCGCAGUGACUUUGGAGGCGAGUCCGGAGCUGAGACCGGGACCAAGUUGCUGAUCUCCAAUCUGGAUCCUGGGGUCUCGGAUGCCGAUAUUCAGGAACUGUUUGCUGCCUUUGGAACUCUGAAGAAGGCAUCCGUGCAUUAUGAUCGCUCCGGGGGAAGCUUAGGAACAGCAGAUGUUCACUUUGAGCGAAAAGCCGAUGCUCUGAAGGCCAUGAAACGCUAUAAUGGUGUCACCUUGGAUGAUAGACCCAUGAACAUCCAGCUUGUUCUAGCAGAGACUCAUCAACAACGAAGACCCGCACAGAGUGAAAAUAGAAGUGGAAUGACGGGGAGCCGCGGCUCUGGAGGCCACCGCCGGAGAAGCGGCCCCCGGAGAGGCGGCCCUGGAGGCAAGCGAGGACCAGAACGAGGGACUGCAAGAAAUUCCAAGCAGCUUUCCAGAGAAGAACUAGAUGCACAACUGGACGCUUAUAAUGCCAUGAUUGAAUUCGAGUUAAACUAG